AUGUGGGUACAUUUGUGGACAAAAUUCUUACUCAACCAAGUGGUUAACUGACAUGUUUUAAAGCACUCACCAUCACUGUGAUACAUCCAUUACUCAACCUUCAGUAUUGAUGGAGGAAAGAAGAAAUUAGGAGAAAAAAACGGGGGAGGGGCGACAGAAAGACAAUUGGCACAGACUGCAUGAUGAUGCUGUCUAUGACGGAAGAGGGGGAUGGGAGCAGAUGACAGGUCCCUCCAGCACGUGGUCUAAGUCAGUGCACCUCUCCCUUCCUCCCUCCCUCUCUCUCAUUCUCUCUUUUUCUCGAUCCAUCUGUACCCUCCCUCCAUCCUCUUCAAAUGCAUCACAACCUCCUGCCGAGCCCUCAGCCCAUGAAACGCUCCGAGCCACGGUCAUGUGACAUCAGCCUCCAACCACUCUUCAAGAGGGGAGUGUCUCUUUCCCCCCUCUCCUCCCUCCUCUGUCUCCCUCUCUCUCUCUCUCUCUCUCUCUCUCUCUCUCUCUCUCUCUCUCUCUCUCUGAGUCAGACAGCAGGGUUGUGUGUCUGAAGCAAAGGCUCCAUGGAGGGGAGAUAUCGUCUCGACCAGCCGCAAUAUAGCAUUGCCUGAGAGAGAUAGAAGGAAAAAAACAGAUUCCCUUCUUUCUCUCCCUCGUUGAGGAACAGAGGAUGAAUGGAGAAGCGAUGGACAUGUCCCUGGAGUCAUCAUCCCCGGUGGUGGAGCAAGGCACCGUCAGGGGGGCGUCCGCGGCACCAGAGCCGGCAGCAGCCGGUAACGGCUCCCUGCCUCCCCCGCCCACCAUGGCCCCGGCCAUCCCGCCCUACGUCAAGCUUGGCCUCACCGUGGCCUACACCGUCUUCUACUCUCUCCUCUUUGCCUUCAUCUAUGCCCAGCUGUGGCUGGUGCUGCGCUACCGCCACAAGCGCUUCAGCUACCAGACGGCCUUCCUCUUCCUGUGUCUGCUGUGGGCCGCGCUGCGCGCACUCCUCUUCUCCUUCUACUUCCGCGACUGCGUCACGGCCAACGCGCUGGGGCCCUUCGCCUUCUGGCUGCUCUACUGCUUCCCCGUCUGCCUGCAGUUCUUCACGCUGAGCCUCAUGAACCUCUACUGCGCCCAGGUUUACUUCAAGGCAAAGUCCAAAUAUACCCCAGAGCUCCUUAAAUACAAGCUCCCUCUGUAUCUGGUCUUCUUGGCAGUCAGUCUUCUCUUCCUGGUGGUCAACCUGGUCUGUGCCCUGCUGGUUAAGAUGACCGCCACCGAAGUCAAGACCAUUGUCCUGGUCAGAGUCACCAUCAACGAUACGCUCUUCGUGCUCUGCGCCAUCUCGCUGUCCGUCUGCCUUUACAAGGUGGCUAAGAUGUCCCUGGCCAGCAUAUACCUCGAGUCCAAGGGAACGUCAGUGUGUCAGGUGACUUUGAUUGGUGUCCUGGUGGUUCUACUGUACGCAUCACGGGCCUGCUACAACCUGGUGGUGCUGGCUCUGACCGACAUCGAGACCGUCAACUCUUUUGACUACGACUGGUACAACGUGUCCGACCAGGCUGACUUGAGGUCCACUCUGGGGGACGCUGGCUACAUCGUAUUCGGGGUGAUCCUCUUUGUCUGGGAACUGCUGCCAACCUCCCUGGUGGUCUUCUUCUUCAGGGUCCGCAGGCUGCCACAGGACAGGAGUGGAACAGGGAUCCCGAACCACGUGCUCUCUUCCAGAGGUUACUUCUUUGACAACCCCCGUCGGUACGAUAGUGACGAUGACCUGGCGUGGAGCAUCCCUCCUCAGAACAACUCCGCAAGCCUAGUUACAGACUGCUACGACUGGGGCAGCCGCAACAGCAGUUUCACUGUACAAACGGGGACGGACGAACAACGGUUGGCACCAGUGACGGGAGAGCUCCAUCCUUACUGAGACAUAACAAGUCCAGGGUCGGGGUCAAUUCCAUUUCAAUUAAUUCAAAUCAAGAUGCAAAAAUUCAAAUUCCAAUUUUACAAAUUGAAAAGCAAUUAAAUGGAAUUGACCCCAACUCUAAACCAGUCCACACUGCACUGUACAGCACCGCAAUGCACUUUUGUCAACUUUGACACUUCCCGACAGCAUCCGUACUUUGUCCAUCAUCAGCCACCGUAUUGCAUUAGCAACUUAGUGAUAAUGUAGACCAGUGGUUCCAAAACUAUUUCACUCAGGCCCCCCUUCCAUCAUUGGGGAACAUCCCGUUAGCUGACAUGGGCUAGUUGAUCUGGACAUUUCUG